GUUACCUCUGGCGUUGCGCAGGUCAAACCUACAACAGGCCAGAGAGAGGAAGAUCAAACUGGUACGAGGCGCCGUGACAAUGUAACAGGAGAGGUGAUCAAAGUCAUGUCGCAUCUAAAAGAAAAUCCCUCCUUUGGAGAGAUGGACGUACAAUUGCAAGCUGAUACUUCAGUCGUUACUGAAGGUGAUACCAAUAAACCAAUCUUGGAGCACAAGCCUGGCCACUUCCAUCUACCACUGACCAUACUGCGUCCAUCUUCGGACAAGCGAGACAUUCAGUUGAAAAAAGAGAGGCUUUCAGAUCAACUCAAGAACCCAGAUGAAGUUGAAUUUACAAAAUUUGCUCUCCUAAACUUCAUCAGUGCUUUUGAAUAUGCCUUACAGCAUACAGAGGAGGCAAGGGAGACGGCUAAACAAGUUUAAGAGAAGGAUCCAAAUAACUUAAAUGCUCUUGCAAAUUUGGCAUACAUAAACAGAGAGUCGGGUCUGGAAAGCCAAGCAAUACCACUGGAGACUACAUAUAAUAAUGUAUUAAAGCAAGAUAACAGAGAUAUAACAAUGGCUUGUGUGGCACGCUCAAUGGCAGAGCAGGCAUUUGCCCUAACUUACAACUGCUUUGACAAAGAUGAAGAUGAUGAAGGUACAGAGCAGACUGAGAAAUUUCUCCAGGCUGAAAAUCUUUAUCAGAGUGCUAUCAGAAUUGGAAAUGCAGUUGCCCAGGCCCGAGAGAAAAUGACAUGGUCAUUUUUCAGAGCAUUCAACAAUAAGAGAAUCCUUUCACAAUACCUUACCGUUUCAGUUCACAAGUAUGAUGAGGAAGUGAAAGAAAAGAUUACUACAAAUCUGGAUAAAACUAUUGCUGGUUUUGCUGAAGUUCUACGUCAAGAACAUACUCCACUGUACAAAGCACAAGCACUUGUCUACAUGAGAUGUGUGAUGUCCAGGACAGAGCAUGCAGUGCAGCACAUGUAUCUUCAAGAUCUACAGAUAGAUAUUACAAGAUCUAAGGAAGAAGUAACAGCCUUUCUACAAGUGUGGCCAGUCAAGUAUGCCAUAGAUUUAGUGAAAAAUAAUCAUCGUGUUCUGAACACAAUGGCUCUUGCACUGAAAAGUGAAAAUGCUGCAGAAGCAGAAGCUACAAUACAAGUAUCCUUGAAAACAGAGAGUGAUCCUAACAUCAACUGGUAUGGCUACCUAUUAAAAGGAGAGCUUGCCUUGGAGAAGUACAAACGUACCACAAAGGAACAUCCCCAGAGUAAGGGAGACCCAGAUAACAUUGAACUUUUGAACAGUUCUAUAUCAAAUCUAAAAACAUGUUUGGAAGGUAUGAAAUCAUCAAGAAACUAUAACGUGUUAGGAGAAGCCAUAAUGAAGUUAGCAUUUUCAAAAUCUUGCACAGUCCUCCAUACAGAUGAUAACAGGGAGACCGAGGCUAAUACGCAGCUGACACAGGCACUCCACUGUUUCAAUGAAGCUCUUAAAAAGGACCACGGGGCAAGACAUCCUACAACACACAGUCUCCGUGCUGAGUGCUUAAAGCACCUUGGGGAAGAAAAGCAGGCAGUGGAAAGUUGGAAAAGGGCUGUUGAAUUGGAUAGGGAGUCAACCACAUACUGGGGAAACAUCAAAUCACUGCUGGCUAUGCUUCUUAAUCAAUGCAGAGAGGUAAAAGACGCCAAAGUCAGGCAGCCGGCUGUGGCAGAGACAGCCUUCUUUUUGAGGGUGGCACUAUCCAAGUAUCAUCUGGUCAGCAACAAAUUUCUACCCAAACUUGUGAAGCAGUUUCCUGAGCAAUUUCUGCAAACAGCUGACUACUUUAAGACCACAAAUGACUUUACUAUGGCAAGGAGAGUUUUGGACUAUGUUAACCAGGUGAGUCAAACGUUCAGAUGGCCUCCACCUCUCAAUCAGGAGAUUAAAGAAAGAAGGCGGCGAAUAGAGCAAGAGGUAGAUGAAUGUGAAGAAGCCAUUAAAAUGCAAGAGCCAGGAAGCAUGGAACAUGAGCAGACAGCUGCCAGUGAUGUGAGUAAGAAAGGAGCAAUAGGAGGGGAAGUCCUAGAGGAACGUCUCCCAGCCACUGAAGAGCAGAAAGAAUACAUGCCACCAGAAGUAGAGAAUGCCAAGAACGCCAAGGGCUUUGACUAUGACUUUUUCGUCAUCCACAGUGCUAAAGAUGCAGAGUGGGUAAACUACACCCUCCUUUCUAAACUAGAGGGUGAACAUUACCUUAAAGGUUGCAUUGCUGAUAGAGACUUCCAACUUGGAAAAUAUGUUCUAGACAAUAUCACAGCAGCCAUAAAGAAAAGUGCAAAGGUGCUGAUCAUCAUCACACCAGAUCUUGUACAAAGUAAAUGGUGUAAACAUGAAAUGAAGGAAGCACUUCAUGCGAAGGUAGAGGAGGGCACAGAGUCAGUCAUCCCCAUUCUCCUGAUGGACUGUGAGGUUCCCAAUGAGCUUAAGAACAUUACAUACUUGGAUGCACGGAAGCACUUCGACUGGGAGCACCUCUUGCGAGACAUUCAGCAAUGAAAACAUUGUACCAAAUAAGUAAUAAGAAUUCAGCACAUGAGAUUUAUACCAGCCCUGCAAUUGCAUAAUUUUCACAAUUUGGUCACACAAAAAUAUGAUAAAGAUACUGGUAAACCA